GCCAUGAGAGUCAUCCCGUCACAUGGUGAAGUUAUCAGAUAUAAUGUAAACUUUGACACAACACACGAUCCCCGGUAGCCCCACUCAUCUGCAGUUUUCAUUUUCAUUUGCACGGCAUGACUAAAAAGCCAGUUCGUUUGAGCAUUUCAUAGGGGUUCCAUUUGUGGAGCUGGUUUGUAUAGAUUUGACUGCUUUGCAUUACUCCGAUGGGCAGCGCCCGGCAACACUGGGCCCCACUAUCCGCAAUACGUUCCCUCCGCAGUUGGCGUUCUGCUUUUCCCACGUGGUUUUUGUUAGUGACUGUGUACUGUGUGGUCUCAUCAGUUUCUAUCUUGGAAGACAUUAUGUAUGCAUAUGUGCGCUACAUAGAAGACGAUGUCCCGGCAAUCUUACCGGUAUCGCUUAUAAGAAAUUUUCACCCUAAGAGUUGCGAUGACUACGACACAACGAGUGUGAAGAAGGCAUUCUGGGAGUCGAAGAGCGGCCAAGAUAAGAAUUACAAUGUGAGGGUCUUGCUACUGGGUGAAUCAGAAAAAGACCUCAUUGUGGAAAUGGCUAGCAGGCGAAUGGCGAUUCCCGACAUAAUAGAGGGGGGUUCAGACGCAGCUUCAAAUGACGCAGUGGACGAGGUCCCACUGAAGGAGCCCAGACAUCAAAGGGAAAAGAAGAAAGAGGCUCAGACGAAACAGCUGGAACAAAUACUCAAAAAACAGAACCAGGAAGACUCAGGAAGCAGUGAUGAAAGACAAGGCGCGCCGUGCCUAACAAGCAUGCGCCACGGCCCUUUUUGGGAAGGUCAUGUGCCCAAAGUACUUCAACACGACCGGAAUCGGUCCUCGUCGGUGGGGAGGUGGCUUUACAAGAUGGAAUCGUGAUCAAGUCCGAAAAGUUUGAGUGGGUGCUUGGUUUCUUCCAAAGACUCAAUGUUCUGCAGGGACAUGGCACGGACACUUUGGACCGCUGAGGGCCUCUCCGACCGAAGUGUCACUGGUGAAGUUUCCAGGCGCUUCGCUAAAGAUGGAGCGGAGGGCAGGAAGCGUCUAACUCCAAGGAAACUAAAUGCUUUGGGCAGUGAGCAUAUAAUGUAUUCGUUAGUAGAUGGGCACCUUGGUACAUGACCCUAUGAUGCAGCAAAACAGGAACGGGGACAAACAUGAGAGACACGCUACACCUUGAACCAGGUUUGGUACAUUAACAAAAAAGAUGGGAGUUCUUCAGAGGCACGAACAUGUGAUAUACGGUUAUUCAAUGGCGACGGUAUCUGUCCCAGGUUUCUGAGUUGAUAAGAACAAGUUGCUGUAAGAAUUGCUCUUGCUUUGCUCACCCAGUUGUCCCCUUCUUGUGCUGUCAUUUUUGUUUCAGCUACGUGGCGUGUGUGCUGAUCGUUUGAAAAUUACAUUCGUACUUUUAUAUAUGGCCUCACAUGCACACAAAUCAACGUGAUACGCCAAUAGGGAGUUCUGAGUGUUUUUAUUGUUAACUUCCCCCCUGUGUUCGCAUAGCAUUUCAUUAAGCCACCGUCCGGUCUCAACUACAUACCUCUUGCCACAAGAUAAGGGGAUAAAAUAAACUCUCUACUCUCUAUACAUCCCAAGCAGCACGAUGUACUGAAAGUAGAGCGCAAUAGGGGUGGCUGAGGUGGAAGGCUUUGAACAGACUUGUGAAACUAAACACUGAUAAGAUAUAUACUGUCCACCCCUAUUGCACUCAACAUUCAAGUACAUUGUGCUGCAUGGGUACAUAUGUUUCUGUGGUUUGUUUUACACGUAGCUGCAUUGUCUAUCGCGCACUCUUCUGGGUAGCGAACUUAGUCUACUGGCCACUGAUGUGGCCACAUUGACCCCGUGUUUGUUAAGAUUUCCAUAAACUGUGCAAUUUUGCGCAUACGGAAUCACGACUGCUCUCAUCCGAGCUUCAUCUUCAUCCUCUUGCUUUCUUUUGUUCCCUUGGGCGUAGUUUCUCUUUAUCACCCCUCUUAUGAAGUUGACGGGGUGUCCUGCUUCCUUUGGUCUGCCGAUCUGAUUUCCAGAGCCGUUGGUGACAGUAUGAACGCAGCUUUUCUUCAAGCUCAUGCGGAGUAGGGUUGUGGUCAGACCUAUCUUAAUCAUGCAAGAGUGGUUAGACUUGAAGCCAAGGAUAUACUUCUGCUUUUUCUGAGUGUAUCCCCAGACGUGGCUGGGACAGUAUAUACAGGCGUUUUUCUGAGAUUCUUGGCCUGCGCGUGAUCAAAGAAGAACGUGUGCGU